GUUGACAUUCUUAUAUCACAGGAAUACUCGGAAGAUAGCAAUUCUGAGCCAGAUGUCGAUUUGGAAAACCAAUACUACAACUCUAAAGCACUAAAAGAAGAUGAUCAUAAGGCAGCUCUGACUAGUUUCCAAAAGGUUUUACAACUUGAGGAGGAUAAAGGUGAAUGGGGGUUCAAGGCAUUAAAGCAAAUGAUAAAGAUCAAUUUUAAAUUGAGCAAUUAUGAGGAGAUGAUGACUAGGUACAAACAAUUGCUCACUUACAUCAAGUCCGCCGUCACGCGAAACUACUCUGAGAAAUCCAUCAAUUCGAUCCUAGACUACAUAUCGACAUCAAAAAAUAUGGAGCUGCUGCAGGAGUUUUACGAGACUACUCUAGACGCUCUGAGAGAUGCUAAAAACGACAGGUUGUGGUUUAAGACGAACACAAAACUAGGCAAGCUGUACUUUGAUCGAGAAGAAUUCAACAAGCUAGCAAAAAUCCUCAAGCAGCUGCAUCAGUCGUGUCAGGUUAUCGUGUCUGUGACCAGGUAUCGUAAGAUGCGCACAGUGACGAACUAUUUCGUGCUAUCACUGGCCAUCUCUGACCUGCUGUUUGCAACCCACGUCCCCAUCAUCAUCAUCACACGCAUCACCGUAGACUGGGUGAUCGGAGAUAUACCGUGCAAGCUCGUCGACUACAUGAUGUUCGUAUCGGCAAUCAACUCGAUUCUCACACUAAUG